CGCGCGCCCAGCCGAGCCGACGCCAAGAUGGCGGUUCUGACAGACGGAGGGCGGCCGCGCCGGGGGUCCCCGGGGCUGGAGCGGAACCGCCGCGGCUGAGCCCCUGAGCUGCCCUCGAAGCAGGCGCCCGGCCGCCGGGACCCGGGACAUGGUGCGAUCCGCGCCGGGUCGCCGUCGUCGCCGCCGCCGCUGAGCUCGCGGGCCGCGCCGGGCUCGGACGUGGGAGCGGGAAGAUGUUUUCCGCGCUCAAGAAGCUGGUGGGGUCGGAGCAGGCUCCCGUCCGCGACAAGAAUAUCCCCGCCGGGCUGCAAUCCAUGAACCAGGCGCUGCAGAGGCGCUUCGCCAAAGGGGUGCAGUACAACAUGAAGAUUGUGAUCCGAGGAGACAGGAACACGGGCAAGACCGCGCUGUGGCACCGGCUGCAGGGCAAGCAGUUCGUGGAGGAGUACAUCCCCACGCAGGAGAUCCGGGUCACCAGCAUCCACUGGAACUACAAAACCACUGACGACAUCGUGAAGGUUGAGGUCUGGGACGUAGUUGACAAAGGGAAGUGCAGGCGGCGAGGUGACGGCCUGAAGGUGGAGAACGACCCCCAGGAGGCGGAGUCCGAGAUGGCCCUGGACGCCGAGUUCCUGGACGUGUACAAGAACUGUAACGGGGUGGUCAUGAUGUUCGACAUCACCAAGCAGUGGACCUUCAACUACAUUCUCCGGGAGCUUCCCAAGGUGCCGGCCCACGUGCCGGUGUGCGUGCUGGGGAACUACCGCGACAUGGGCGAGCACCGAGUCGUCCUGCCCGACGACGUGCGUGACUUCAUCGACAACCUGGACAGGCCCCCGGGCUCCUCCUACUUCCGCUACGCCGAGUCCUCCAUGAAAAACAGCUUUGGCCUGAAAUACCUUCACAAAUUCUUCAACAUCCCGUUCCUGCAGCUCCAGAGGGAGACGCUGCUCCGGCAGCUGGAGACGAACCAGCUGGACGUGGACGCCACGCUGGAGGAACUGUCGGUGCAGCAGGAGACAGAGGACCAGAACUACGACAUCUUCCUCGAGAUGAUGGAGGCACGCAGCCGUGGCCACGCGUCCCCACUGGCCGCCAACGGGCAGAGCCCGUCCUCGGGCUCCCAGUCUCCGGUGGUGCCUCCGAGCACCGUGUCCACGGGCAGCUCCAGCCCCAGCACGCCCCAGCCGGCCCCACAGCUGCCCCUCCAACCCCCCUCGGCCUGCCCCUGCCCCCCACCCCCCGCGGAGGCCCCACCGCCUCCCGCAGCCCCCGCCCCGCGGCGCAGCAUCAUCUCGAGGCUGUUCGGGACGUCGCCAGCUGCCGAGGCGGCCCCUUCAUCCCCAGAGCCAGCCCCGGCCUCAGAGGCCCCGGCAAAAGUCCAGAACGUGGAAGAUUUUGUUCCCGAAGAUGGCCUUGACCGCAGCUUCCUGGAUGACACGGCCCCCCGGAAGGAGGAGAAGAAAGUCGAAGCCGAGGUCUCACAGGACAGUGACAGCGAUGGGGAGGCCCCGGGGGGGAACCCACUGGUGGCAGGCUUCCAGGAUGACGUGGGCCUUGAAGACAGGCCGCCCGCGGGCCCUGUCCCCAGGAGAGACACCACUGCCAGCGAGGAGGAAGCAGCGGGGAUGGCGGGGCACACCAAGGCCACUGCCGCAACCCCCCAAAAGUGCGCCGAGCCAGAGACCAAACGGUACGUGGAGGGGAUGCGCCCUGGGGUGGGGGCGGCCGAGAGCCCCCUGACCUCAUCCUUGUCCCGAAGGCCAUCCACGCAGGCCUCGAGGCCACCUAGGGCCGUGGAGUCCCGCCGGCCAGGUGUCCGCAAGUCCCACCGCCAGGACCCCUCAGGAGGCCGCGAGGAGAAGAGGGGUGAGCAGGUGGCGUCAUCAUCGUCAUCGAGUGACCCCGAGGGGCCCAUCGCCGCCCAGAUGCUGUCCUUCGUCAUGGACGACCCUGACUUCGAGAGCGACUCAGACACUCAGCGGAAAGCGGAGGAGUUCCCGGUGCGAGAGGACCUCUCUGACGACACGGACGAGGACGCCCGCCCUGCCCAGCCGCCCCCGCCCUCCAAGCCCCCCGUGUCCUCCUUCAGACUGAAGAAUGACGCGGACCUCUUUGGCCUGGGACUGGAGGAGACGGGCCACAAGGAGAUCAGUGACGAAGAGAAGGAGGGCAAGCCUCCCUCGAAGGAGAAGGAGAAGAAGAAGAAAAAGAAGAAAAGCAAAGAGGAGGAAGAAAAGGCCGCGAGGAAGAAAAGCAAGCAUAAGAAGAGCAGGGACAAGGAGGAGGGCAGGCAGGAGCGGCGGCGGCGGCCCAGGGGCACCAGCGAGAGGACCGCGGCCGACGAGCUGGAAGCCUUCCUGGGGGGCGCGGCCCCGAGCGGCCACCUCCGCGGGGGCGGGGACUACGAGGAGCUCUAGGCCUGGCUCCGCCGACGGCGGCCCGGUGCGGGGAUGGCCGCGGGCCUGCUCCACACUCGCUGGGGAGGCUGGGCCCGCCCUGCACCGAGCCGGCCGGCGGGCGGCGGGCGGCGGGCAGCGGGCUGGGCCGUGCGGGGAGCCGGCCCCCAGCGCUUCUCAGGGAUGGGACUGAGGCCGAGGAGGCCGCGAGGCUGUUUACAGGGCGGGGCGCGUCCUCGUCAUCGGCCGGCUCCUGCUUGCCCCUGGCCCGCCGCGCUCGCUCUCCUGGCCCCCCCCCCCCCCCGCGCGUGGGCGGGCUCCGCUUCCUGCCCCUUUCGGCAUGGGGGGCAGACGCCAGGCGGCACUGGCGCCUUUUCCCGGGCCCAGGGUCCAGCUUUGCACCCGCGCUCGGGCUCGCUGCCGGCCAGGCCGGGAGGUCGUCAGACACUGUUUCUCUCGUGUUCCUCCACCACUCCACUCUGACCAUAAAGCUCUCCUGUUUUACUGCG